ACAAAGCUAGUCGCGGUGUGCGGGUGGACGUUCUGUGACUCAUGGGGUACUUGUAUCAUCGUGGGGCCACACUGCUGUGGCGUGAAACCCAUCAAUAGUCGUAAUACCUGGGAGUGGGAGAUAACUGCCCGUAUCCUAGUCGUGUUGGAUGAACUGCGUGCUUGUUGUGGAGUUGUGACUUGAUGCGGAUCGCGUAAGACAAAGACAAUGGGGAACUGCUUAAAGGCUCAAGCAGCUGAUGACAUGUCACUGCUUCCUGGUGCGGAUGUGGGAAGGCUGUCAGCAUCUUCUGAUCAACUUGGGAUUCCUCCCUCAUAUGCACCUGAGGUAAAUUCAGUGGACCGUGCUACCGUGUUUUACCCGUCGCCGAACGUGGUGCGGACAGCCGCCCAGCUGACCGAGGAGGAGCAGGUCAAGAUCGCCAAACGGAUGGGCCUGAUCCAGCACCUGCCGUCGGGCACGUACGACGGAGCCGCGCGGAAAAACAAGGAGUGCGUCAUCUGCAUGAUCGAGUUCUCGGUGGGCGAGCGGGUGCGCUACCUGCCCUGCCUGCACACCUACCACACAGAGUGCAUCGACGACUGGCUGAUGCGUAGCUUCAUCUGCCCCAGCUGCAUGGAGCCCGUCGACGCCGCCCUGCUCACCAGCUACGAGACCAGCUAGGCGAGCGUCGGCCGCGCCGGGGCCGGGUGGUACGCGCGCUCGUGCGGCCCGGCGGGGGACGCGGGGU